GAUGAGAUUGAUGGCUAUUAUGAAGCUUAUUGCACAUUCAAGAGGCUAAUAGACGAAAGCCCAUACAAGCUUGAGCAUCAGUUCUCUCCUGGUGAUGUCAUGUCAUUUAACAAUCAAAGGAUACUGCACGGACGGAGUGCAAUCAAUCGUAAUGGAGGAAUUAGACAUUUAGUGGGUUGCUAUUUGAAUAUUGACUCUUUUUCCAGUAAACUAAAAGUCCUUUCUGAGGAGCUGAAUAAGAAAAUGAUCACCAAACACACUUUAAAUGGCUCCUCUUAUUUGUGAACCACCAAAAUCUUUUAAUUUUUUACAUCAUUAUUAUACCUUUAAACUUUUUUGGUACACACGUGACUCCACGUGUGCACGAGCCA